AAGAUGCUUUAUUACAUUUUGAAAUAGUAUAACUAUUUUUGAUAUAAAUAUUUUAUACGUGUACUUUUUAUAAGCCGUACAACAGUAUUUUGAGUGUCUGAUAAGCUUAUCAGUGUACCGGUUCGUAUUGGGCGAUCGCUUUACCAAUACUUGUGCUAUAACUGGCAAUCGGCAUCAACACGCAUUUCUACAAUGUCCGGCGAAGGAUCCACAAUGAAUAACAACGAGAAAAUAGCACUAAUAACCGGAAUAACCGGACAGGAUGGCUCGUACUUAGCAGAAUUUUUAAUAGAAAAAGGGUAUGAAGUCCAUGGUAUACUCAGAAGAUCUUCGUCAUUUAAUACAGGUAGAAUACAACAUUUGUAUGGAAAGCCAGCGUGCCACACGGGAGGGCAGAUGCAUUUACACUAUGGGGACCUGACUGACACAACAUGCCUUAUCAGUAUUAUCACAAAGGUGCGACCGAAAGAGAUCUACAAUCUGGGUGCCCAGUCCCACGUCAAAGUGUCGUUUGAGCUGAGCGAGUACACCGCGCAGGUGGACGCCCUGGGCACCCUGCGACUACUGGAGGCGGUGCGGGCUGCUGGCCUUGAGAAGCAGACGAAGAUAUACCAGGCCUCCACCUCGGAGCUCUACGGGAAAGUCGUGGAAGUGCCACAGACAGAGAAGACGCCAUUUUACCCGAGGUCGCCUUAUGCGUGCGCGAAACUCUACGGCUACUGGAUUGUAGUGAACUACCGAGAGGCAUACAACAUGUUUGCUUGCAACGGCGUCCUCUUCAACCACGAGAGCCCGCGACGAGGGGAGAACUUUGUCACCAGGAAGAUCACCAGGGGAGUCGCCAAGAUAGAGCUCGGGCUGAUGGACUGUCUUGAGCUGGGGAACUUGGAUAGCAAGAGAGAUUGGGGACACGCUAAGGAUUAUGUUGAGGCGAUGUGGCUGAUGCUGCAGCAAGAAACCCCCGAGGACUUCGUCGUGGCGACGGGCGAGACGCACAGCGUGCGGGAAUUCGUCGAGAGAGCGUUCGCGUGCGUCGGCCGCCGCCUAGUGUGGAGCGGGACGGGUAGUGACGAGCGAGGACACGAUGCUGACAGCGGCCAGCUGCGAGUGCGGGUCAACCCGAAGUACUUCCGACCCACAGAAGUGGAUCUCCUGCUGGGUGACCCGGCUAAGGCGAAACGGAUACUAGGCUGGACACCGAAGACAACCUUCGAACAGCUCGUCAAAGAGAUGAUGGAAGCGGACCUCGAACUCAUGAGGAAAAACCCCGAAGCGUAACUUUACUAUCAGAGAAGUUGAUCCCAAGCAGAUGGCGGACCUAAGUAAUUUGAUCGCGUUACGUCAAACCCAGCCAACCGAUCACAAGUAA